AUGAAGUUCACCGUCGCCUUCGCCCUCUUGUCUGCUAUCGCUUCGUACGCCGCUCCUGCUAAACGUGCUGUUACCGACACUGACAUCCUCCAGUAUGCUCUUACCCUCGAACAUCUCGAGAACGCAUUCUACCACCAAUACUUAGGUCAAUUCGAUCAAGCCGCUUUCCAAAAAGCUGGUUACCCCGACUGGGUCCGAAACAGAAUUGAGAACAUUGCCGAACACGAAGCUCAACACGUCGCCUUGCUCUCCGGUGCUCUCGGAUCAGCCGCUACUCAACCUUGUACCUACCAAUUCCCAGGUAUCACCGACCCCGCUUCAUUCCUCGCUACUGCCACUUUGAUUGAGAAUGUCGGUGUAUCCGCUUACCUCGGUGCCGCCUCUUCCAUCGUUGAGAAGGCUUACGUGACCGUUGCUGGAUCCAUCUUGACUACUGAAGCAAGACAUCAAGCUUGGUUGUACUCUUCCGUCGAGAAGGGUCCAGCAUGGUCAGGUCCCGAGGAUACCCCCUUGGACUUUGACGAAGUUUACUCUAUUGCCAGUGCUUUCAUCACUUCUUGUCCAUCUACCAACCCCACUUUACCAGUCAAGGCUUUCCCUGCUCUCACCAUCGCCGAUGACGGUACCGUCUCCACCAGCGCUAGCACCGAUGGUGCUUAUGUCCAAGUCAUUGCUGGCUUGACCACCAACACCUUCCCAGUCGUUAACGGUAAAGUCCAAGGACUCCCCUCCGUACAAGGUAUCUCCUAUGCCGUCCUUACUUCCCAAGGAAACACCACCUUGGUAGGAGACGAUAACAUCCUUGCUGGUCCUAUGAUCUUCAACAAGCCUUUCAACUCUAAAUCCUCCAACCCUGCUCCUGCUUUCUAA